GCUCGGUGACCCUUUGUCCAGCGUCCUGCCCGUAGCCCACUCCAGCCUGCUCCAGCCUGCAUUCAUUCUCUCACCUUCGGGCCCUCCUCUAGUUCUGAACUACUGGCCUGGCCUCAGUGGAUCUGAGCACACUCCGGCGCCCACCCCGCAGCAUCCCUUGGCCCCGCCUCUGGCCCCCCAAGAACACGCCCUGGUCCCGCCUCUCCUAGAUUUUUCCGCAAGUCGCCGGCCCUCCCCACGCUUGGAAGAUGGCGGCUUCCGUGGGAAGGUUACUUCGGGCUUCGGUUGCUCGGCAUGUGAAGUCCUUUCCCUUGGGCAUUUCUGCAGCCUUUAGGCCUGUUGCUGCUAGAAACACAUUCCCAACCAACAUAGUGCCCACAAGUGCUGCCCAUUCAAAAUUUUCCUUCAGCACCAGUUCUUCAACUUAUGUGCCUGCUGUAACCCAACAUGCUCCAUAUUUUAAGGGUACAGCUGUUGUCAGUGGAGAAUUCAAAGAAAUAAGCCUUGAUGACUUUAAAGGCAAAUAUUUGGUGAUUUUCUUCUAUCCUCUUGAUUUCACUUUUGUGUGUCCAACAGAAAUUGUUGCUUUUAGUGACAAAGCUAAUGAAUUUCAUGAUGUGAACUGUGAAGUGAUUGCGGUUUCGGUGGAUUCCCAUUUUAGCCAUCUUGCCUGGAUAAAUACACCAAGAAAGAGUGGCGGUUUAGGUCAUAUGAAUAUUCCACUCCUGUCAGAUUUAACCAAACAAAUUUCCCGGGACUAUGGUGUUCUGCUUGAAGGACCUGGCAUUGCAUUAAGAGGUCUUUUCUUAAUUGACCCUAAUGGAAUUAUCAAACACAUGAGUGUCAAUGAUCUCCCUGUGGGCCGAAGUGUGGAAGAAACUCUUCGUUUGGUGAAGGCGUUCCAGUUUGUGGAAGUGCAUGGAGAGGUGUGUCCAGCAAAUUGGACACCAGAUUCGCCUACGAUCAAGCCAUCGCCGAAUGCUUCCAAAGAGUACUUUGAGAAAGUGAAUAAAUAAAUGAUACCAUGUAUUGAAGACCCUCGUGGCUUUUUAAAUUAUGAAGAAAACAAAAAUUGGAAUCUACAAUAACAUGCAAAACAUUACUGCAUAUAGAAGUGUAGAAUAUGUACAAGUUAUGCUUGUGUCUGUGAAUAUCACCCCCAAAAUGCUCAGUUUUCAUAAACUUGAUCCCCCAAACUAUUUAACCUUGAUAACUGUUGCUAGUUCAAAGGAUCCUUUAGUACCAAAUCUUUGCUUUUCCCAGUCUUCAUUGGAACCUAGAGGUUCCCUUCUUGAAUUUAUAGGCUAAAGAAAUUGUUCAUUGUCUUUAUAUGCACAAAAAACAAGUGUGGCAAACAUUUAAUCAGGAUGCUUUGAGGGACUUGAGUUAUAGGUAAACAGGUAUUCCUGCUUUCCCUUAACUGAAUAUCCCUCUGUAUAUUAUUUUUUGUCAUUAAGCUAUAGUCUUUUUUUCUCCAUAAAGUGAAAUGUCCUGUAAUUAAAGAUAAUAAUUUCAGAGGUCUAAUUUGAUUCAUGGCACAUUUAAGACAUUAAGUAUGAAGUAUAUUUCUUUUUUAAAAAUCCAGCACUAGGGGCAGCUAGGUGGCACAGUGAGUAGAGCACCAGCCCUGGAGUCAGGAGGACCUGAGUUCAAAUCCGGCCUCAGACAUUUGAUACAUGUACUUAGCUGUGUGUGACCUUGGGCAGGUCACUUAAUCCCAACUGCCCUGCCAAAAAGCAAAAAAAAAAAAAAAAAAAAUCCAGCACUUAACAGUGGUAAAUUAAAGUAAUUAAUCAUGGUGAGUAGACCAGAGAUUUUUAAUCCUGCGGUUCAUUUUACCAUUAUUUGAAGUUUGAGUGAACUUUAUGUCUUGAUACAUUUCAAAUAUCAUUUAAUUUGAUUGUAAAAGAUACCUGUUGAAUCCCAGAGUUAUAUGUAAUGCAGCUUUGGAAAUUAUUAUUGAACAUUUAUUUUUCUAGAUAGUGAAUAACUCAGUGUACGUUCUUUAAUCAAAAAUAAAGAAAUUUUAAAGUA